AUGAAUGUGACUCCGGAGGUGGACAUUUUCAAGAACGACAGCUACAACGUGAGCAACGGUCUCGACUGCGGCGGCGAGUUACACUCGUACAGGGUAUGGGAGCGCGUGGUGAUCGUCAUAAUCGCCGUAGUCCUCAGCCUGACCACCGUGAUCGGUAACAUAAUGGUGAUGAUAUCGUUCAAGAUCGACAAGCAGCUGCAGACGAUCUCCAACUACUUCUUGUUCAGCCUGGCGGUGGCCGAUUUCGCCAUCGGUUUGAUCUCCAUGCCUCUGUUCACGGUGUACACGGUGCUUGGCUACUGGCCCCUCGGACCACACGUAUGCGACACCUGGCUGGCGUUGGAUUAUCUGGCGAGCAACGCGUCGGUGCUGAACCUGCUUAUCAUCAGCUUCGACAGGUACUUCUCCGUGACGAGGCCGCUCACCUAUCGCGCCAAGAGAACCACUUCCAAGGCAGCCAUCAUGAUC